GUGGAAAAAUAGUCCACUUUUUUGUGUGGAAAAACAAUCCACCACAAGACUAUAACAUGCAAUGCAAGUAUAAAACAUUUAAGAUUGCACAUAGUUCAAAGGUGGAACUCUCCCAUUAUAAUGUGUGUGCUAUUAUAUUUCCCUUUAAGGUCCUAGUAUUUGUAUUCAGAAUUAGAAUGAACUCUUGGCGCUAAAGUUAACAUGAAUUUGGUUUCAGUCUUUCCCCAGUUCAUUAAAGACAUAACAGGGAAAACACCCUGCCUCAAACAUACUCAGUUAUUGUGUUCCUUUACCUGCAGGCUUAUAUGCAACUAUUGAAGUGGAUUUACAGACACUAGUUGAUUAGUAGUCUUAAUUUCUAUAUUAGUAAAAACAUUAGAGAAACUUGCUUGUUCCUUUUCUCAGGGUUCAACCUAAACAUAUUGUAACUACCCUGAAAAAAUAGUUUCAAUAGUGUACAGGAACUGGCUGAGUACAUUUUUUUCUUUUUUGAAGUAUAUGCCACUAGAAACUACUGCAGGAGGAAUGUUGAAUUAAAUGGCAGGUACAACAUUUUGUGUUUGUUUCAAACUAAACCCUUGGCAAGAAGGCUGUCUGGAAAAUACAGAAGAACCUUCCCUACCUUAAUCUGUUAAGUCCCUUUCCUGGUUUUGUCUGAGGAUGAGGCAAGAGCCUUAUAUUUCACUAAGAAAUAUUGCAAGGUGGUUCAUUAUAACUUUUUAUAAUACUGCUACUCUGGAAAUACAAGAUACUAAAGAAUGUGUAAUGAUAUACGUAACAAAGAAAUAUCAUACCCAAAGCAUUCAACACAUGUUUUGCAAAACACAGUUGCAUUGAUGAUGUAUUUAGGUAUGUGUGUUCUUUUCCCUGAACCUAUAAUCUACACUUCUCAUAAGUAUCACAUUUUAGAGAAAUCCUUCCUGUACAUAUGUUCAUUUGCUUUAUAGCAAUGGAAAUGAAAUUGUUUUAGAAAUUUUAUGCUUUUGGAUAACUUCAGCACUUAAACAUCUUUAAAAAUUGGUGAACUUAGUCCUGUAACAUUUAAGUAUACAUUACAAUUCAGAGUGACUUUUCUGGACCUUAUUUCCCUUAUUUAGGGAAGAAACCCUUUUUUCCUGGAACCAGCAAUAAUUAUUACAAUUACUGAUGGGAGCAAGUUGACUACUACCAGUGGAGUCCAGGAUGAGCUCCAUUUACCUCUUAAUUCACCUUUGCCUGGAAGUGAAUUGACCAAGGAACCUUUUCGUUGGGAUCAGAGGCUCUUUGCUUUAGUGUUGCGGUUGCCUGGCACCAUGUCAGUAGAAUCAGAACAGUUGACAGGUGUUCCUUUAGACGACUCUGCCAUCACACCAAUGUGUGAAGUGACAGGCGGCCGUUCAUACUCUGUAUGUUCUCCAAGAAUGCUUAAUCAGUGUCUGGAGUCUUUGGUGCAGAAAGUACAAAGUGGAGUGGUAAUAAACUUUGAAAAAGCAGGACCAGAUCCUUCCCCUGUAGAAGAUGGGCAGCCAGAUAUAUCAAGGCCUUUUGGGUCUCAGCCUUGGCAUAGCUGUCACAAACUCAUAUAUGUCAGACCAAAUCCUAAAACUGGGGUUCCUAUAGGCCAUUGGCCUGUUCCAGAAUCUUUUUGGCCAGAUCAGAAUUCUCCAACACUACCACCUCGUACCUCUCAUCCUGUAGUGAAGUUUUCCUGUACAGACUGUGAACCUAUGGUUAUUGACAAACUGCCUUUUGAUAAAUAUGAGUUGGAACCUUCUCCACUGACUCAGUUUAUUUUAGAAAGGAAAUCUCCUCAAACAUGUUGGCAGGUAUAUGUAAGCAAUAGUGCAAAAUAUAGUGAACUUGGUUAUCCUUUUGGUUACUUGAAAGCCAGUACAGCACUGAACUGUGUCAACUUAUUUGUGAUGCCUUACAAUUAUCCAGUCCUCCUUCCCCUCUUAGAUGACUUGUUUAAAGUGCAUAAAGCAAAACCAACAUUGAAAUGGAGACAGUCGUUUGAAAGUUAUUUGAAGACCAUGCCUCCUUACUAUCUCGGGCCCUUGAAGAAAGCUGUUAGAAUGAUGGGCGCUCCUAACCUAAUAGCAGACAGUAUGGAGUAUGGACUCAGUUACAGUGUCAUUUCAUACCUCAAAAAAUUGAGUCAGCAGGCCAAAAUAGAAUCUGAUCGAGUCAUUGGAUCUGUAGGCAAAAAGGUAGUGCAGGAAACUGGAAUUAAAGUGCGAAGCCGAUCACAUGGUUUAUCAACGGCAUAUAGGAAAGAUUUUCAACAACUGCUUCAGGGAAUUUCAGACGAUAUCCCUCACAGACUGCUAGACCUUAAUAUGAAGGAAUAUACUGGGUUCCAGGUUGCUUUACUAAAUAAGGAUUUGAAGCCUCAAACAUUUAGAAAUGCUUAUGACAUACCAAGGCGAAAUCUUUUGGAUCACUUAACAAGAAUGAGAUCUAAUCUUUUGAAGAGUACCCGCAAAUUUCUUAAAGGACAGGAUGAAGAUCAAGUACACAGUGUUCCUAUAGCACAAAUGGGGAAUUAUCAGGAAUACCUCAAGCAAGUACCUUCUCCACUAAGAGAACUUGAUCCUGAUCAGCCUCGAAGGUUACAUACAUUUGGCAACCCUUUUAAGCUGGAUAAAAAGGGCAUGAUGAUCGAUGAAGCAGAUGAGUUUGUGGCUGGACCUCAAAAUAAACAUAAGCGGCCUGGAGAACCAAAUAUGCAGGGGAUCCCUAAAAGACGUCGGUGUAUGUCUCCACUACUAAGAGGCAGACAGCAGAAUCCUGUGGUGAAUAAUCACAUUGGAGGAAAAGGACCACCUACACCUAUGUCUCAAGCACAGCCAGACCUUAUUAAACCUCUUCCUCUUCAUAAAGAAACCACUAACGAUUCAACAAUAGAUGAUGUGGUUGAAAAUCAUGUUGUAGACCAGCUUUCAUCAGACAUUAUACCAAAUGCUAUGGAUACUGAAUUUUCACCAUCUUCUCCAGCCAGUUUACUGGAACGACCAACCAAUCAUACAGAAGCUCUUGGUCAUGACCAUUUAGGAACUAAUGACCUCACUGUUGGUGGAUUUUUAGAAAAUCAUGAGGAGCAAAGAAACAAAGAACAGUGUGCUGAAGAGAAUAUGCCAGCAUCUUCACUCAACAAAGGGAAAAAAUUGAUGCACUGCAGGAGCCAUGAAGAAGUCAAUACUGAACUGAAAGCACAAAUAAUGAAAGAGAUCCGAAAACCAGGAAGAAAAUAUGAAAGAAUCUUUACUUUACUGAAGCAUGUGCAAGGCAGUUUACAAACAAGACUAAUAUUUUUGCAAAAUGUCAUUAAAGAAGCAUCAAGGUUCAAAAAACGAAUGCUAAUAGAACAACUGGAGAACUUCUUGGAUGAAAUUCAUCGAAGAGCCAAUCAGAUCAACCAUAUUAAUAGCAAUUAAAAGAAGAUAAAAUAUGGCCACUUAUUUUACUAUCCUCUUCAAAUACAAAGUAAAUACAAGACUAUUGUGACCUUGCAAUUCAUUUUUGACAUGCAUUGUUGGCUAUUUGAAAUACUAAAACAAGUUGACAGAUCCUUUUUCCAUCAUUUUACAGUGACCUUUUCUUCAUUUUGGUUUAUUUUUGUAAUGUGAAAAGUAUCACU